CAUUGUAUGGCUGUUUUAUUCAGGUCACAGGUGUAUGUUUGGUUGAAUGCACGGCGUCGUCGUGUAAUCGUCGCGAUGACGUGAUGUACAUGGCGUCGCUGUGUUUUUGAUGAGCUGACGAAAGAGUGUUGCUGCCAUAGUUAGCCAGCUCAGCUGACUGGGUUUGCUUCCGUGAGUACGUAAAGCUCGAGUGUGGUGUGAAGUCACCCAGUUGGGGUGAGAUGUUCUUCCGGUCCAAAUGAGCUCAACUAUGUGGUACAUCAUGCAGAGCAUUCAAAGUAAAUAUUCUCUGUCUGAGAGGCUCAUACGGACCAUUGCUGCCAUACGCUCAUUUCCUCAUGACAAUGUUGAAGACCUCAUACGCAAGGGGGCAGAUGUCAACCGAAUGCAUGGAACGCUGAAGCCACUUCAUUGUGCUUGCAUGGUGGCUGAUGCUGACUGUGUUGAGCUGUUGUUGGAGAAAGGAGCAGAGGUGAAUGCCCUGGAUGGGUAUAAUCGUACAGCACUACACUAUGCUGCUGAGAAGGACGAGAGCUGUGUGGAGCUACUGCUGGAGUAUGGUGCCCUGCCCAAUGCACUGGAUGGCAACAAGGAUACACCCUUGCAUUGGGCUUCCUUCAAGGACAACCCAGAGUGUGUGCGUGCCUUGCUGGAGAGUGGGGCCUGCCCCAAUGCCCGUGACUACAACAAUGACACACCGCUAAGCUGGGCCGCCAUGAAGGGCAACCUGGAGAGCGUCCGUGUGCUCCUAGAGUACGGCGCCCAGGUGCACGUCACCAACCUGAAAGGCCAGACUCCCAUCUCGCGACUGGUGGCCCUGCUGGCACGUGGCCUGGGGACGGAGCAGGAGGAAGAGUGCCUGGAGCUGCUGUGCCGCGCCGCCGGCCUCUUCCAGAUCCACCGCGCCGAUGGCACCCUGCCCCGUGAGCUCAGCAAGGAUCCCCAGCUGCUGGCACGCCUGACCAGCAUGGUGUCCCAGCCACCGAGCCUGCGCGGUCUGGCCCGCUGCGCUGUUCGCCAGAGUCUGGGAGUGCAGUACCUGCCUACAGCUGUCGAGCAACUCCCACUUCCUGAGUCUGUCAAAGAGUAUGUGCUGCUCAGAGACUGACAGCCCAGAGGCGAGUGCAGGAAUAACAGUACAGUGAGUGGGGAAAGACUGCUCACAAUGCAGUGUAACGGAGGAAUUGGUUGUAUUUGUAUAAUACUGAAAAAAAAGUCUAUCGUUCAUUUUUGUUGAAAUGGUGUGACGGCAAGGGUCUGUGUGUAGUCAGCUGUUGUAUGUGUCUUUAAGGUGACCGUGACAGAGUGACAGUCAAGUGCUUCCCACUUUGUUUUCCUGAUCUCAAUAUGUGAUCCUGCAUAGGCCUAGAUGCAGCCAUGAUUAAGGUGUUUAAAGGUAUGCACAAUUUUUUUCCCUGUAAAAUGGAACGACUGCAAUUAGGUAACUGACUUCCACAAAUCUCCAUAAGGAAAGGUGUCUUACAUUUUUAGCUUAAUUUCGAUUAUCCCUUUUUUCAAAAAAUUAUUUUGAAUGGCCCAAACAGCUUAUUUCUCAAUAUUACAGAAAUAAUCAUUUGUAUGAUAUAGCACUUGAAGUUAUUUCUUAUGAAUGCUCUUAAUUCAUAUAUGUAAAAUGUUUUGCUUUGUAUAUAUAUAUAUUUCAGACAGUCACCCACUCCUCUCUCUCUCU